GAAUGGCGGAGGUCGCAGUGGUGUGUUCUGCAGUAUCAGUAUCGUGUGUGAGAUGUUGCGUCAGCAGCGCUGCGUCGACGUUUUUCACGCUGUAAAAACUUUGAGGAACAACAAGCCAAACAUGGUCGACCUGCUGGAACAGUAUAAGUUCUGUUAUGAAGUCGCUCUGGAGUACCUGAACUCUGCUUAGAGCCUCCUUCAACACAGAGGAGGAGGAGCAGAGAGACUACUGACUGAAGAGGAGGAGGAGGAUGAAGGCAUGUUUACACUGCCUGGUUUGAACUGUUGGAUUCUGUGAGCGACGCUCAGCGUUCACCUCGUGUCACUUUGUGUUUUUUUUACCCUUUUGUUGUUUCAAUGAAACUGAAACGAUAAAAACACCAUCAGAGCGGGUCGCCUCACCUGUCAGCCAUCCCCACCACCAGCACAGGAAGUCCUUACAGCCAGGAUUCAAAACAGGAUGUCCUUGCAGUCAUGUUUUGUACAGGAAUCUUUAACCGUGUCCGAUUGCUGGUUGAAAUCAGCUGACCUGUCAGGAAGAAGCUGCUGUCCGCGGAGAAUCAUUAACUCUCGCAUAAACCCUCUUACCUCUGAGAUUGAAGGGACCCUAAAAUCAGAUUGACUUUCAUUUGUGAAUUCAUGUCAUGUCAAGAAGUGUGAACUUAAUCAUCCCUCUGGAAACAAGACUGGGAGGUGGCUGGAUCACGCUGACCAAGGUAGCUAAGAUGGUUUGACCCUGCAGAGGCCCAAGCCCAGGAGGCCAGAGGAAGUCACUCGGCCUGAAUCUGAGUGCCAUAGUCUGGCCAGUUAUGAUAAAACU